CAUUAUAAAAAUAAGAGAUUGAAUAGAAUGUCGAAUGGAAAUUUUUGUUCUUAUACUGUACCCACAGAUCCUAAAUUUGUGGCUGAAACAGACUUCGAUUACCUUUUCAAAUUACUUUUAAUUGGAGACUCUGGAGUAGGAAAAUCUUGUUUACUGCUACGUUUCGCUGAUGAUACAUACACGGAGAGUUACAUAAGUACUAUAGGAGUGGACUUUAAAAUACGAACGAUCGAACUGGAUGGAAAGACGAUAAAAUUACAGAUCUGGGAUACAGCUGGACAAGAAAGAUUUAGAACGAUAACUUCGUCUUAUUACAGGGGAGCUCAUGGAAUAAUUGUUGUCUAUGAUGUUACUGACCAGGAAUCGUUCAACAAUGUCAAACAAUGGCUACAGGAGAUCGACCGUUAUGCCUCGGAUAAUGUCAACAAGUUAUUAGUAGGCAAUAAGUGCGAUUUAACGCCGAAGAAGGUUGUAGAUUAUACUACCGCCAAGGAAUAUGCAGAUCAUUUGGGCAUUCCGUUUCUCGAAACGUCGGCCAAAAACGCGACGAAUGUAGAACAAGCGUUUAUGACAAUGGCGGCAGAGAUAAAGAAUCGAAUGGGCCCUACUGGAGGCGCUGCUGGUGCGGAUAAUAAGAAUGUUAAGAUUACUGGUGGAACACCCGUCAAACAAGGCGGUAGCGGGUGUUGUUAA